AAAUUCAAGAAAAAGUAUUUGACUUCGCAUAAGAAACUUCGCCCUUGUCCCUAUCCGUUUUGAGAGAGAGAGAGAAAUACUGUACAUAGCCUUGGAGGAAAUUCGCAGAGCAGAAAGUUCUUUUUUAGUUUCUGUCUCUGUUGGGGUUUUGAAAUUUAGGCCUGAGGGCUGCAUCGAUCGAUCCGCUGGUCAUUCCACUUCACAUAGCCUUCUACAGUUCUAUCCAUCUGGAGUACUGGUUUGGUGCUGAAAUCUUCCUUCAGAAGAACUUGGUAAAGAUUUUGAACUGCGGUUGUUUAGGAAUUAAUUGGUUUCUUUGAUUGGAUACUAUUACAUUAGUAAGUGAAUUUGUGUAUUCAGUAGUUCUUGUUUGGAAGGAGCAGAUGAAUGUGGUGGGAAAAGUUGGAAGCAUUAUAACUGCAGGUGUGUACUCUGUUGCGACACCUUUUCAUCCAUUCGGUGGGGCUGUUGACAUUAUUGCGGUUAAACAGCAGGAUGGGAGUUUCAGGAGCACCCCUUGGUAUGUCCGUUUUGGCAAAUUCCAAGGUGUGCUCAAAGGGGCAGAAAAGGAGGUUAGGAUAGAAGUUAAUGGAGUUGAGGCAGAUUUCCACAUGUAUCUAGACAAUUCCGGAGAGGCCUAUUUCAUAAGGGAAGUUGAUGACACCGACAAGGAAAACAGCAGUGAUUCAAAUGAACGCUUGAAAGAUUCAAACAGUACUGGUAAUGGAGAAACUGACUCCCCUGAACCUAAACCUGAGCCAAAUCUCUCAAAUGAGGCCUUGUUGGAGAUUCAGUUGGAUAGGACAGAGUCUGGGAGGAGAUUUUAUGAGUUUGAUGACGUGGAUUCUUCUCUUGAGGGGUCAAUUGACUUAUCUGGAUAUGAAUCUAGUCUCUAUGAGAAUCUAGAAGCUGGGGAGCAUGUUUUGGACUCUGGAAGUUCUAGCUCAGAAGUUGUUUUGGUGAGUGUGGAUGGUCAUGUAUUGACUGCACCCAUUUCUUCGUCCGAAAGGAAUGCAGAUAAUUUGGAGUUGGGAACUCCCCAGUUUCAUCUUGGGCCAGGUGAAGAAACCGAUUUUUGCGAGGAAGGUAAUUCAAAGAUUAGCACUGAAAAUGUUAAAUGGGGUGGUGACAUCAUGCAGGUCGAGUCACCAUCUGGGAUCAAGAAGGAUGAUGUUUUUGGAAGCUGUUUAGCAUUACCAGAACUCGCCUUGCAGGUUGAUAGUGAGUCCAACCAACCAACCAUGGUGUCAUCAUUGGACGUGUCAUCUAGAACUACUUCAGAAAUAAGUGAAACUGAAAGUGGCCCUUCUGUACUAUUUGUGAAUGGCAAUGAUUCUGAGAAUACUCCAAAUAGUAAUGGUUCGGAUAGGCGUCAUGUUCAUUUUGUUUUAAAUGAAGCUUCAGAUGAACAAAUUGAGGGAACACAAGAAGAAAAAGAACUAGAAAGUGUCCAGCUAAGAUCAGAUGAAGGUGCUCAAUGUGAAGGUAUGGAACAGACUACAGCUUCGGCUGGCGAUGGCAUGAUGAUCACUGGUUCAAGCACAAGAUUAGAGAUAUCCCUUUGUGGGCACCUUCUUUAUCCUGGAAUGGGGCUGUGUUCGGCUUCAGAAGUGUUCAAUGCAAAUCGCAUACCUGAGAUGGAAUUUAAAAAUUCUGCAAGGUCAAUAAUUAACAACAAAAACUUGGUUGUGAGAAUCCACGGGAGGUACUUAUCUUGGGAGAAAGCUGCUCCAUUUGUACUUGGGAUGACUGCAUAUGACUUGGAUUUACCUAUCGAACAUACAGAUGUAAUCACUAUUGAGCAGGAGGAAACUCUAAAACCAACUGUAGUAGAAGUUUCUGGAAUUGAGAGAUCUCCUUCUGGAAGGCGAUGGAGGCUUUGGCCGAUUCCAUUCAGAAGGGUUAAGACACUUGAGCACACCAGUAGUGGUGUGUCAACUGAGGAUGUUUUUGUUGAUUCAGAGUGUAGCUUACAGAACCAGGCUGCAGAACCAAGUCCUUGUAAACAGUUUGUCAGAACAAAUGUUCCGACCUCUGAGCAGAUCGCUUCUUUAAACCUGAAAGAGGGGCAAAAUAUGGUUGUCUUCAUUUUCUCUACAAGGGUCCUAGGGGUGCAAAAGGUUGAAGCUCAUAUAUACCUGUGGAAGUGGAAUGCACGGAUUGUAAUUUCUGAUGUUGAUGGUACCAUUACCAAGUCUGAUGUUCUUGGACAGUUCAUGCCUUUGGUUGGGAAAGAUUGGACGCAUUCUGGAAUUGCUAGACUUUUCUCAGCAAUAAAGGAAAAUGGGUACCAGCUACUUUUUCUUAGUGCACGUGCAAUUGUUCAAGCUUAUCUCACCAAAAGUUUCUUGCACAAUCUAAGACAGGACGGGAAAACCUUGCCAACUGGACCUGUUGUUAUUUCCCCUGAUGGUCUUUUUCCGUCACUGUACAGAGAAGUAAUAAGAAGAGCUCCUCAUGAAUUUAAGAUUGCAUGUUUAGAGGAUAUCAAAGCUCUUUUCCCACCAGAUUACAACCCAUUUUAUGCCGGUUUUGGAAAUAGAGACACAGAUGAGCUCAGCUACAGAAAAAUUGGGAUUCCUAAGGGCAAGAUUUUUAUAAUCAACCCCAAGGGUGAGGUGGCAAUUAGCCAUCACAGAAUUGAUGUGAAAUCAUACACUUCGUUGCACACUCUGGUAAAUGACAUGUUUCCGCCAACAUCAAUGGUUGAGCAGGAAGAUUACAAUGCAUGGAACUACUGGAAAAUCCCAUUGCCAGAAAUUGGUAGCUUAUAGGGAGAUUGGGUGGGAUAUGAAGUUUUGACAGAGUUCCCACUACUCCAGGACUGACAUUCUUCACCAUUGUAUCUUCUCCUGCUCAAAUUUGAGAUGCUUAUUCAUUCUUGAUGGCUUGAUAGCCUUGAUGCAGUCAGUAUAUAAUACAAGUCUUUGUGGCCCAUAGGUGGAUUCAGUUCAUGUAUACUGUCUGUCUCUUAAAUCUCAACCAGGCUUGUCUUUUUAACUGCAAGCCCUCAAUAAGCUCCCCUCUGUAUUCAUUCAUUUUAUCCCCUUUUCAGAAUGUGUGUAACAUAAUGCAAUGUUAGAAUCUAUGUAGUUUCCGUUUAGAGUUCUCUUAUUUUUACUCAAUGGCCUUACUAUAAUCUUUUUCGCCCCACUCUGACUUCAGUAGUUGCCUAGUUGGUAAUGGAAAAAGAAAAGAAAUUGUCCUA